GAAUAGAAAGUGAGCUUUUCCAAAACCCAACCUUCCACACCCUCGCAGUCGUCAAUUGAAGUGCCCAGCACCGAAUACAGAUCCUGUCUUCACAACUUCGGCACCAAAAACGAAGAAAAUAUGUCCACCCCUCGAGUAUCUCGCACAUUAGCCCGCGCGUUCCAAUCGCGCAUGGGAGCUUCGUCUGCAAAAUGCUAUACCAUGUCGCAUUUCUCCACGAGCAGUCGCAACAGUUUUAGUGCUCAGAUUCGAGAUGGCGGGUUGAAGAGUACGGGGAUCUUGGGUCGGGAGUCGGCUCGACAUUCAAGACAAGUUCGAUCGUAUUCGCAAGAAUCGGAGGCGAAAUCUAAAUACUACACUUUUGAAGAUAUGCAAAAGCUCACGUCUGCUCCACAUCCCGAUACUCACAUCAUCGAUGUUCGCACACCCCUCGAAGUGCAGCAAACGGGACGCAUUCCCAGCGCGGUGAAUAUUUCCAUAACGUCGUAUCCGGAUGCGUUUAGUAUUAGCGAAGAAGAAUUUGAAGAUCGCUUUGGGUUUGAGAGGCCGGGGAAGGAGGAGCACUGUGUGUUUUAUUGUAAGGCGGGGGUGAGGUCUCGGGCGGCGGCCCAGAUUGCGAGGGGGAAUGGGUGGAGCAACGUAGGGGAGUUUGAGGGGAGUUGGGGGGAGUGGAGUGCGAUGGGAGGGGAGGUGGAGAAGUAGGAUGGGAGCGGGGGAGAGAUAUGGUUGGGGGAGGAGGUUUGGGAUUGAGGGUGUGGAAGUUGUGAGAGUUGGAGUGCUGGUUGUGUGUUGUAAAUGGCGAUUUGAUGGAAUAUAUCAUUGAUAGACUGCAAUCUGUGGAUUACAGAUGUGUUCAUGUUGUAUUCUGAAGUGCACAGCUACAAGAUGGAUUUCUCUGGCGAGGAAUAUGAAGCCACGCACUGCAGACCUAGUAGUCGCAGGCAGAGAAAAGAAACUCUAUCAUUACCUUCUCUUCAAGUAUACCAUACCAUGAAGCAAAGUACUUGCAUUUGUACGAGUCUUGUAUUCAACUCUACACAUUCAAUACGAAUAUGCAUUAUUCCCA